AUGAGUGAAAUAAACGAAGAGCAGAAGAGGAGGCUUCUACCACAGCUGAAAGCCAAACUGUGGUAUUGUGUCGAGCAGCAGCUCAAGGAGGAGAUACCGCCCAGCGUCAACUAUUCUCCAAAGUUCACAAAUGCAUUGGUAGAGUUAUGUUUUACGCAGUUGGUAGAGAUGGGGAAUGAUCUCGAGGCCUUUGCAAGGCACGGAGGUAGAGAAACUAUUACUAUAGAUGACCUAAUGCUUUUGCUGCGAAAGUCACCAGAUCUGCAAAAUUUGCUUCAAAAAGAGCUACUUCAUGAAAGUACGGAGAUGCCUGCGCGCAGUACGAAGAGAUAA